CCCCCCUUCUCGAUUUCCAGCUGUUUUUGGAGCACGGAGCGAGAACGGGGGAAGUUCUCCACCAAUUGUUUCGGUCCAGAGAAGAGCUCGGCGGUCAGACCCCUCCCUCAUUCUGCCUCUCUCCCCUCUUUCUCUUUGGUCUUUCUUCCUCUCUCGCCCUCUCUCUCUCCUCCCCUUGUUGUGAAAGAGCACACCUGCUUGAUCUUGGCUGCACGCGCUCUGAGUCCAAUUACCCCACAGGCCCUCACAGCCACUUCACAGUCUCAUCCCUCCACUCGACUGGAUUUUGGGAGUCAAGCUCAUCUCACCCACUCUCUUUGCCUUGCUUCUACUGAGAACAGGCUCCCUGCAAGCUGCACCAUGAGAUCAGCCUGUCUCUCUCUGCUCCUGGUCACCGCCUGCUGGGCUCUGCCCUUCCGCCAGUCUGGUUUCCUAGACUUCAUGAUGGAGGAUGAGGCAGGAUCUGGUGUGACUGAAGCACCUCCAGGUUUGGACAUCCCUUUCAUACCUGAAGGCCCCAAGUGCCCUUUCAGAUGCCAGUGCCACCUGCGUGUGAUCCAGUGCUCUGACCUUGGUAUGAAGGAAGUUCCUGAUGACAUCCCAAUCGACACCACCCUGCUGGACCUGCAGAACAACAAGAUCACUGAGAUCAAGGAGAAUGACUUUAAGAACCUCAAAGGACUGCACGUUCUGAUCCUGGUGAACAACAAAAUUACCGUCAUCCAUGCCAAGGCCCUUAGUCCUCUGAACAAGCUGCAACGCCUAUACCUGUCUAAGAACCACCUAAAGGACAUGCCUGCCAACAUGCCCAAGAGCCUGCAGGAGCUGCGCAUCCACGAGAACGAGAUCACUAAGAUCAGAAAGGCCUCCUUCCAGGGCAUGUCCAACGUCAUCGUCAUGGAGCUUGGGUCCAACCCUUUUAAGAGUGCAGGAAUUGAGGCCGGUGCUUUUGCUGACCUGAAAAGGGUCUCCUACAUUCGCAUCGCAGACACUAACAUCACAGAGAUCCCCAAAGGUCUGCCCAGCUCUCUCUCUGAGCUUCACCUGGAUGCAAACAAGAUCACCAAGGUGACAGCUGACAGCUUCAAGGGCCUGAAGAACCUGGCUAAGCUGGGUCUCAGCUACAAUGAGAUCAGCUCUGUGGAAAAUGGCACGCUGGCUAACAUCCCACACCUGCGAGAGUUGCACCUAGACAACAACGUUCUCACCAGCGUUCCUCCUGGACUGCCCGAUCAUAAGUACAUCCAGGUGGUCUACCUCCAUGCCAACAAGAUUGCUGCUGUGGGAACAGAAGACUUCUGUCCUCCUGGCUUCAACACCAAGAAGGCCAUGUACUCUGGCAUCAGCCUGUUCAGCAACCCUGUGCCUUACUGGGAAGUUCAGCCGGUCACCUUCCGCUGCGUCUUCGACCGCUCCGCCAUCCAGCUCGGCAACUACAGGAAGAAGUAGAGCGUCCUGCGCACUUCUGAGAGAAAGUGUGUGUUUGUAAAUGAAUGUGUGAAUGUUUUGUGUGUGUGUGUGUGAGACACCCUCCUCCCACUGACGCCCUGCCAACACUGCACCCCCACAAAUGAAGAUGCUAUUAAUCCACACAGUCAUUUCAAAAUGUCGGUGAAUAUGGACCUCAAAUACAACAUAUCAGUUUCAUUAUUUAGCUUCAAGGUUGGUGCAACAGUAUCACACACAGCUUACAGUAAACACCAGUAUACUCUGGCAUUGCUCUCACACACAUGCAUCAUUAAUCGGACCAGUUAAGCAAACAUUAACAUUGCAAAUAUGGUUUUGCAUUCAUGCUGUAACAUAUUAUUGUGUGGAAUUCACUCAGUGGGCAAACUGAAAUUCAUUAGAGAACCCUAGCCAAAAAGAGUUGGAAUCUCACUGUUAUAAAUCCCCAUUUUUCUGCAAUUAGCCAUUCUAUGAACUAUAAGCAAGCUGGCUGUAGAGCAGGCAGCAAGAGGUUAACUUGUGUUUUACAAUACCUUUAACAACUGGUGUACUAGAAUGUACUAGAUAUUACCUGUGUACUAGGAAUAGCAUUCCGAGUGUAACAUUACCAUGCUGCACUCUAUGAAAGAACUCUGAGUUUCUAUUUGUAUUGUACUCAAUUCAAGUAGAGAUAAAAGCAACCGUGACUUCUAUCUCAUUGUGUUUUCUUGUGCUUACUUCAGUGUUGAUUUCAUUCUGGGUGUUCUUACACUUUUUCUUCAUCACAUUUCAUUCCCUGUUCCUCAUAUGUCGUUCUACAAAACCAAGGAAAAAAACAGCUUCUAAAAAAGUAGAAUAAACCAUAUAUGAUUUAAACGGAAGCCAUUCCCAAAGAUUUAUAUGCAUGCUCUUAUUUUUUAUUUUUUCCUUUCAACUUCACUGUGCUGCUUUUUGGAAUCUCUUGUUAAUGUGUGUUUGUAUUUCUCUCUGUGUUCCCCUACCCCUUCUUUCUUUCUUUUUUUCAAGACUAAAGAAGAUUUGGAGGGUGUAGGUGGACUGGCAUGCCCACAGCACCCAUGUUGGUGUGUUGUAUGUAUAGAUGCUGUAUAUAAAUGCUGUAUAAAAACCUGUCACUGCUUAAAGACACAAGCACUUGCCAUAUCUCAGACUUAAUAUAUCAGCAACAAAGGUGUUCCUCUUUUUUCAGGAGCAGGGGCUCCAGCUAAGGUGUCCUGAACAAAAUAAAAAUACUAAUGGAAAAAGUAA